AUGAAGGAAAUAAAUACCGUCAGCUGUCUGACAACCCUUCUCUCCCUUACUGCCAAAAUAGCUGCUCACGGCCAUGUGAGCAAUAUUGUCAUCAAUGGUGUCUCCUACCGUGGCUGGGACAUCAACUCGGAUCCCUACAAUUCAGAUCCUCCGGUGGUAGUCGCAUGGCAGACACCGAACACUGCGAACGGAUUCAUUACGCCGGACGAAUAUGGCACGGAUGAUAUCAUCUGCCACCUGGAUGCCACUAAUGCCGAGGGGCAUGCAGUCAUUGCCGCAGGAGACAAGAUCAGUCUUCAAUGGACCACCUGGCCUGACAGCCACCACGGACCAGUCAUCAGCUAUCUUGCAAACUGCGGUUCGAGCUGCGAGACGGUAGACAAGACAACGCUCGAAUUCUUCAAGAUUGACGGUGUUGGCCUUGUUGAUGACUCGAGUGUGCCUGGCACUUGGGGAGAUGAUCAAUUGAUCGCAGACAACAAUACAUGGCUGGUCGAGAUUCCUCCUGAUAUUGCACCCGGAUAUUAUGUUCUUCGCCACGAACUGAUUGCCUUGCAUGGGGCCAGCAGCGAGAAUGGAGCACAGAACUAUCCUCAGUGUUUCAACCUCCAGGUCACCGGGUCAGGUACUGCCGAGCCUUCCGGCGUACUCGGUACGGAGUUGUAUAGUCCGACAGACCCCGGAAUCCUCAUCGAUAUUUACCAGUCACUGUCCACUUACGAGGUACCUGGACCGACAUUGAUUCCGGAGGCAGUGUCAGUUGUGCAAUCGAGCUCGACCAUCACAGCAUCCGGGACACCCGUGACGGGGACCGCUGCGUCCGCUACAUCGUGA